AAGGCGCCGGCGGGAGUCUCGAUCCCGCUCCGCUCCGCUCGGGGUGUGUGGGUUGGGGUGGGAAGUUCCCCGCGAUGAGGCCCAGAUGGGGGAACCCCGGGCUGGGGCCCCCCUGGAAGAUGGCAGCGGCUGGACAGGCAGUGAGGAAGGCAGUGAGGAGGGCACCGGCGGCAGCGAGGGUGUUGGGGGUGAUGGGGGCCCUGAUGCUGAGGGUGUGUGGAGCCCUGACAUUGAGCAGAGCUUCCAGGAGGCCCUGGCCAUCUACCCACCCUGUGGCCGCCGUAAAAUCAUCCUGUCGGACGAAGGCAAGAUGUACGGUCGGAAUGAGCUCAUCGCCCGCUACAUCAAGCUGAGGACAGGAAAGACGCGGACUCGAAAACAGGUCUCCAGCCACAUCCAGGUUUUGGCUCGAAGGAAAUCUAGAGAGAUUCAGUCUAAGCUGAAGGACCAGGUUUCCAAAGACAAAGCCUUCCAGACCAUGGCUACCAUGUCCUCUGCGCAGCUCAUCUCGGCACCUUCCCUGCAAGCCAAGCUGGGUCCCUCAGGCGCUCAGGCCACUGAGCUUUUCCAGUUUUGGUCAGGAGGUUCUGGGCCCCCAUGGAAUGUUCCAGAUGUGAAGCCAUUCUCACAGACUUCAUUCUCCUUGUCGCUGACUCCCCCGUCCACUGAGCUCCCAGGAUACGAGCCUCCCCAAGCCCUCUCGCCUCUGCCCCCACCUGCCCCAUCACCUCCCGCCUGGCAGGCUCGAGCCCUGGGCACUGCGCGGCUGCAGCUCGUAGAGUUCUCUGCUUUUGUGGAGCCACCGGAUGCAGUUGACUCUUACCAAAGGCACCUUUUUGUGCAUAUCAGCCAGCAGUGUCCCAGCCCUGGAGCUCCGCCCCUGGAAAGCGUGGACGUCAGACAAAUUUAUGACAAAUUCCCUGAGAAAAAGGGUGGCCUACGGGAGCUGUAUGACCGUGGGCCACCCCACGCAUUCUUCCUAGUCAAGUUCUGGGCGGACCUGAACUGGGGCCCAAGUGGCGAGGAGGUGGGGACCAGCGGAGGCUUCUAUGGAGUGAGCAGUCAGUAUGAGAGCCGAGAACAUAUGACCCUCACCUGUUCCUCCAAAGUCUGCUCUUUUGGCAAACAGGUGGUGGAGAAGGUGGAGACAGAGCGGGCCCAGCUGGAGGACGGGCGGUUCGUGUACCGCCUGCUGCGCUCACCCAUGUGUGAGUACCUGGUAAACUUCUUGCACAAGUUGCGGCAGCUGCCAGAGCGGUACAUGAUGAACAGCGUUCUCGAGAACUUCACCAUCCUCCAGGUGGUGACUAACAGAGACACCCAGGAGCUGCUGCUGUGCACCGCGUAUGUCUUUGAAGUCUCCACCAGUGAGCGUGGGGCCCAGCACCACAUCUACAGGCUGGUCAGGGACUGAAGGAGGCCCCAGGGUUGGCUUACCCCAGGAAGGAUCUGGCUCUCCUUGUACCUCAUCUGGGGAGGGGUCCCUGUUAAAAGAGGGACUGACCUCAGAGGCCUGACCAGGUGGGGGGACUGGCUCCUGUUAGAAGGAACUCCAAAACCUGGAUGGUGAGCUGAAUGGGCUGGGGCUGAAGAUAGAUUCCAAUUCCUAGGAUCUCAUCAACAGGGGGUGUCCAACAGGACAGACCAGUCCAGAGUAUCAGGGAUCAGAGACAGGAUUGAUAACCCCCAGGUAUAUCACUGGCCUCUCAGCCCCUGACAGGGCCUCUCCCAGUCAUCUGGACAUGUUGGGGGUGCUUUGCAGCUCUCUCCCCAUUUGCCUUCCCUCUGUGAUCUGUGAUGUCACAAAUUGAAGAGUAACUCUUUCCCUACUGGGGCAGAGCCAGGUGUGCUCUGGAAAUAUUUUUUUUUAAUAUAACGAGAUAUUUAUACGUGGGUGUUAGGGUUGUGACUUUAUCUCAGCAAGGCGAGGUUUUCUAGAAUUUACCCCCUUUCUAAGUGAGCCUCGGGCUACUCCACUUGCUCCUUACCCCCCGAAGUGUUGGUUUGUGUUCCAACAGAUAAAGCUAUUUUUUACCAAAA